UCCAGGCGUGGACGAGCGACCGGGGCGGGGUGGCGGAGAGGGCAGCGCCGACAGAUGUACAGAUUUUGGAGCCGGUGACGUCCGUUCCGUCGCCAGCAAAGGGGAGGGGGAAGGGGGACCAAAAAAAAAAAAAAGAAGCGAUUGAGAGAGAGUCCUGCCUAUUUCAGGAGCUGCAGAGGGCACUUGGGCCGGCAUAAAUGCACGCCGGCGCUGCUUCUCUUAGCAAUGAGCCCGUCACCGCUUUGUUCCGCUUCCUCCGCCGCCUAAGGGUCCCCGGCUCUCCCGAUGCUUGUCCCCGGGGGGGGAGCUUCUUCCCCCGCCGGCUUCUGCUGCCACCGCUGCUGAGAUGAGCCCUGCCGGCUGCAGGGCGGCGGGAUCUUGGCAAUUUUGAUCCUUCACCCAGCCAUGGGGGUCUGGCUGUGGCCUCUGCUCUGGGGCUUCCAGAUGGAGCUUGUGUGGGGCGCGGGGAUCUUCCAGCCCCAGAGGUCACCUCCCCCCAAGGCCAGGACGCCCAAGGCGAAGGAAUGGACCCUGUCGUCGUCCUCUUCCUCAGCUUCCACUUGGGUGCCCACCCCCGACCUGGAGAAGAUGGACCUGGAAGGUGCUGCGGCAGCCUUGACUUUCCUGUACUCGGGGGAUGCGCUGAGGCUCUCCCAAGCCAACUGCAGCCGCCGCUUCGAGGUGCGGGACGGGGGCAGGGCCUCCAGUCCCCCGCCGGGCCUGCGCUCCGCCCUGCGGGGGGCCACCGAGACCCUGACCCACGCCACCAACUUCCUCAACAUGAUCUUCCAGACCAAUGACAUCAGGGAGUCGAGCGUCAAGGAGGACGUGGAGUGGUACCACGCCUUGGUCCGGAGCGUCGUCGAAGGGGAUCCCCAGGUCUACCGGGCCGUGUUGACCUUCGACGCCCACCCGGCGUCUUCCAAACCCCAGCUGAUGCUCCAGGCCACCAAGGAGAACAACGAGAUCCUCCUGCAGGACCUGUCGGCCUCCUCCGACAGCCUGCGGAACCUGAGCUGGGAAAACCAGUGGUUCAACAGCCUGCAGGCCCAGCAGCGGGGCCUCUUCCUGCACAAGCGGGUCCUCUGCAACGACCUCCAGAGCCUGGACACCCCCAAGUGGAACCGGGGCGACAGCUACGUGAUGGACGCCAGCCACGUCAAGUGGUCGCCGCCCUUCCUGGAGUGCCAGGACAGCCAGUUCCUGCCCAGCUGGAUGGUGACCCUGUCCUCCUCCUUCUACGGGCUGAAGCCGGACCUGACCCCCGAGUUCAAGGGCGUGGUGAGGAUGGACGUCAAGCUGCAGAACGUGGACAUCAACCAGUGCGCCAGCGGCCCGGGAUGGUUCACCGAGACGCACCAGUGUGAUCUCAACAGUACACAGUGUGUCCCGCAGGAAAGCCGCGGCUUCGUCCUCGGAAGAUACCUCUGCCUGUGCAAGCCGGGCUUCUACGGCACAAGCAGGGCCUCCGGAGCUGGCCGGUCCGGCCCACAGGAAAGCUCAUCCCAGUACGCAGGACAGUACGGAGCCGUGGACUCUGGGACCUUGCUCGAGUGCCGGCCCUGCAAGGAAGGAUGCGUGACGUGCGUGGACGACACCCCGUGUUUGAUCCAGGAGGAUUGGUCCCUGCGGGCUGCCGUCCUCUCUUUCCAGGCCUUCUGCAUGCUGGCCGUCUUUCUCAGCAUGCUGGUCUCCUACCACUUUCGAAUGAGCAAGAGGAUCCGGGCAUCAGGAGUUAUCCUGCUGGAGACCAUCCUCUUUGGAUCUCUGCUUCUCUACUUCCCUGUGUUUAUCCUGUACUUCAAGCCGAGCAUUUUCCGCUGCAUCGUCCUGCGCUGGGUGCGCAUGCUUGGGUUUGCCAUCGUCUACGGGACCAUCACCCUCAAGCUCUACCGGGUCCUGAAGGUGUUUCUCUCCCGCUCGGCCCAGCGAAUGCCCUACAUGACCAGCGGGCGGGUGCUGAAGAUGCUUGGGCUGAUCCUGCUCUUGGUGCUCUGGUUCCUGGCCGCCUGGACGGUGGGGAUGUUGGAGAACAUCGAGAAGAACAUCCCGCUGGUGAUCCGCUCCCAGACCGCCCAGGGGCUCCAGUUCUACAUCUGCGACCACGACCGGUGGGACUACAUGAUGGUUGUGGCCGAGAUGCUCUUCUUAUUCUGGGGCAGCUUCUUGUGCUACGCCACCCGGAUGGUGCCCUCCGCCUUCCACGAACCUCGCUACAUGGGCAUCGCCCUGCACAACGAGAUGAUCAUCUCUGCAGCCUUCCACGUUGUCAGGUUCGUGAUGGUUCCCUCGCUGCACCCCGACUGGACGCUUCUGCUGUUCUUUAUUCACACGCACGUCACCAUCACCAUGACGCUGGCGCUGCUCUUCAUCCCCAAGUUCUUGCACGCCAAAUCGCCCCUGCGGGAGGAGAUCGCGGCGGAGGUCUACGAGGACGAGCUGGACAUGCGGCGCUCGGGCUCCUACCUGAACAACAGCAUCACGUCGGCAUGGAGCGAGCACAGUCUUGACCCCGAUGACAUUCGGGAUGAAUUAAAAAAGCUUUACACGCAGCUGGAGGUCCACAAAACCAAGAGGAUGACGGCCAACAACCCUCACCUUCAGAAAAAGAGGAGCUCCAAGAAGGGCCUGGGCCGCUCCAUUAUGAGGCGCAUCACCGAGAUACCAGAGUCCGUGUCUCGGCAGUGCAGCAGAGAGGACAAGGAGAGCUCUGGUGGAAGUGGCGGUGGGAGUCGCUCCGGCUCCUACAAAAGAAGGCUUCUGGACUCCGGCAGCUCCAGCGUGAAGGUGAAAGAUGACUCCUCCAAGCACAAAGCCUUCUCUCUGAGGAAGUCCCACAGCACCUACGACCAUGUGCGGGACCCCAAGGAGGGCUCCUCGCCCUCCAGGCACGACAGCGUCUGCAAGGAACCCCCGCUGCUAGACACCUUGAUGAGGAAAAAGCUGGCCAAGAAAGCCUCCGAGAGAACCAACAGUGAUUCCCUGGACUCAGCCCCCCUUGUCUACAAGUCUGCCAGUGCCCACAACCUGUUGGCGGACAAGAAACCCCUUCACCCCAAGCCCUCCCCCUUGCAGAAAUCCCUCAGCGUCCUCACGAGCGCCAGAGAGAAGGCCCUGCUGUUGACCAGCCGGGCAUAUUUGGAAGACGGCUGCGAACCAGCUGGAGAAAAGGAGGGGAAGGAGGAAGCUUCCACUCCUGAAACGCAAUCCUCGGGGCAGGGAGAUAUUGGGGGGGCCGCUGAGCAGGCCCCGGAGGCAGGGAAGCAGCCGCAGAGCAAUGCUGUAGCCAAAGGGACUGAGAGCUCCCUCCUGCAAGACAGCUUUGACCGGGCCGCAGUUUGCCCCUGGGAGGGGGAAGUGAGCCCGCCAGAGAGCAAGACGCAGAAACACGUCACGUAUGCCCCGAUAAAAAGCAUUAGCGUCGACAGCUCUCACCUGUUGGGUAGGGCGCCCCCUGCUGGCAAGAGAAAACCACCGCAACCACCCAUCAGGUACCAAAGCUUGGCUCACAGCCUCGAAAGGAGCGAGGUUGCCCCCUGGGACUCUCAGGAGCACACGCGGCCUGCCGCAGAUGCUCCCGGCCAGGGCUCCAAAGAUACCGGGGCGCUGAUCUACAGCUGUCCAUGGGAGGUGGAGGAGCUUUCGGGAAAGACCGAGAAGGCAGAGCGGGGAGAAGAUAACGGGCAACCUCCGUCCACGCCUGGGAACGGCAGGCUGCCGUUUGUACCGUCCUUUGCGGCGGAAAUAUGCCCGUGGGAACUGGCGGAGGAGGAGGUUUGCAAUCAGAGUCAGCAGGACAAGCCGAGCGAGCCAGGAGGCGCUGAGAAACCAAACAGCUCUCUGGCCAAAGCCCAAAGCCUUAAAAUCCCCCCCCAGAAAAGCUCCUUCAAGAGCUUAGGGUUAGCCAUAAAAGCGUUUAACCGGGCAAGGGAGAAGAGCAGCAUUAAAAGAAGACAGGAGGACGAGGGGAACCAGAGGGAGAAAGAGAAAGAGAAAGAGGCUGGCAGUCGAUGCGAUAAGCCCAAACUGGCUGAAACCUCAACGCUAUCCCUCGGCGGGACGGCAAGGCAAGAGGCCACAGCCAGAAGUCCUGAGGAAAGCAGGCAGAAGAUCAGUAAACAAGCCACCAUCUGCCCCUGGGACGAGGAGACUACAACCCCACCCCAGCAAAACAACGGCGCCAGCAAAAUGUUUGAAAUAUGCCCCUGGGAGGGGAGCGUGGAAGAAGCAGAUGGGCCCCAAGAUGGGUCGGCGCCAGCCAAAGCAAGCAGCAGCGCAGAAAGGGGGAGUUCAAAAGACACAGGAGGCAUCGUACGUAGGAAGCUGGAGAGGGUGAGGAGCCAAUGGGAAUCCACGUGUCCCUGGGAGACCAGAGAUUCUGGCGGAGCCGUACAACCCCUGAGCAGGGAUGAGGCUAAAACGCCCCGUCACUCCAAGCUGGACAGCAAGAAUCCCGAGGCAUGCCCCUGGGAAACCGCAGAGGUGACAACCAGCGUCAAAGAUGAAAUCUGCCCCGUGGACGCGACUGAAGCUCCACCAGUGAAACAGGAUAAAGAGAGAGCUCCCAAAGGGGACAGGAGCAUCCCGCUGAAAGCAGAGGCAGGUCCAGGCAAAACACUGGAGAAGGGAGGCAGCCAGCGAGAGGCCAUCUGCCCCUGGGAGAGCUUGGACAUGGAGGAACUGUCAGCGAAAGCGGACACAAAACACACUGAUCUGCCUAAAGGGGCUUCAAAGAAAUCGGACAGCGUCGAGAGCAGAAAAGCAGAGGUUUGUCCCUGGGAAACGGAGGAGGACGAAGCCAGUGUUAACGCUGAAACCUACCCCUGGGAGGUGGCUGAAACUCCAUCAGAGAAAGGAACAAUAAAACCGGGAGAUAAACUGGGUCUUUCCAAAGGGGACAAGAGCACUACACUGAAAGCAGCAGCAGGUCCAUGUAAAACAGUGCACAAGGUGAGCAGCCAGCGAGAGUCCAUCUGCCCCUGGGAGAGCUUGGAUGUGCAGGAAUCGUCAGCAAAACCGGACACAAAACGCACUGAUCUGCCUAAAGAGGCUUCAAAGAAAUGUGACAGCGUCGAGAGCAGAAAAGCAGAGGUUUGUCCCUGGGAAACAGAGGAGGACGAAGCCAGUGUUAACGCUGAAACCUACCCCUGGGAGGUGGCUGAUGCGCCAUCAGAGAAAGGAACUUUAUUAAGAAAAGUUGGUGUGGCUUCCAAAGAGGAUAAAAGCAUCAGGUCCAAAGCAACAGGUCCAUCUACAACACUGGAGAAGGGGAGCAGCCAGAGAGAAUCCAUCUGCCCCUGGGAGACCAUGGAUGCGAAGGAACCACCAAUAAAACCAACUUCCAAAAGUUUUGAUCUGUCUAAAGUUGCCUCCAAGAAAUCUGACAGUGCUGAUAACAAAAAGGCAGCGGUUUGUCCAUGGGAAAGUGCAGAGGUUGAAGCCAGCAUUCAAACGGAAAUCUGCCCCCGGGAAGCGGCUGAAGCUCCAUCGGAUAAAGGGAAAGUAAAACAGGAUAGCGAUGGAGCUUACAGAGCCGGUUCAAGAAAGACUGGAGAUAUGCCAACUAAGAAGUUAGAAAUGGGGGGGCAGCCAGCGAGAAUCUGUCUGCCCCUGGGAGAGUAUGGACAAGGAGGAACUCUCGGACAAGCCUGCUACAAAAAGCCUAGAUCUGUAUAA